CGGUGUGAGGGGCGGGGCGGGCGGAAGUGACGCGCAUGCGGAGCCGCGGCGGGGCCGUGCCGCCAUGUCGCGGAGCCCCGAGCGGCGGCCGCAGUUGUGAGUACGGGCGGGCCCGGGGCUCCGCCUCGCAGGGACGCCCCGCCAGCAUUACAGGCUGUAUGUACCGAGUCAUUCAGACAACGGGACCAGAUGGAAAAAACCUUCUGAAAUUGCUUCCCAUUUCUAAAACUUCUGAAAGCUUUGUACCAAUAGUUCAGUCUCCAGCCAUGCCAAAUAAUUCUAACGCAAAUGUUUCUAGCCCAGUCCAUCUUACUUAUAAGACACAGAUUGGCAAUACUGCUGCACCUUCAUCUGUUAAGAUACCGAUUCUUCAGCCUCCUAAUCCUGGAAAGAUUAUUCUUACGACAACAUUAGACAAGCAGGAAAGUGCUAGUGCAGGUUCUGAAAAGGAAAGCUUGAUUCCAAGUGCAGCUGCCAAUGCCCAGAGCAGCUGUAUGCCCAUGGAUGGAGUGUCCUUGCAGAACGUGGCCAUCAUGAGCUCUUCUCACCAGAGCAGCACAACCUACAUGGUAAUGAAUACCAAACCCCUUCCAGUGACUGUCAAGUCUCCAGUGGUGCCUUCCGGACACCACCUCCAGAUUCCAGCUGAUGCAGAAGUGAAAUCUGUCCCAGCGUCUCUUUUGCCACCUGCAGUACAGCAAAAAAUCCUGGCAGCUGCAGCCGCCAAUGUGUCUGGAGGGGCUGACAGUACAAAAACGCCGACGGUGAUUUACGUGUCACCCGUAAACACAGUGAAAACCUCCCAAGUCCUGCCCAAGCGCUUGCAGAGCUUUUGCCCCAAACCUGCCACAGAAGUUUCAAAGACACUGAUAGUGACAGCUGCCCAAAAGGGAUCUGGUUCUUCUCUUGAGCCAGUCACAUCUGAGGGGCAGCAGUGCCAGCAAACUCCCAUGAAAUGGAUUGUGCAAGAAACUGCCCCACUCUCAGCAGCUUGUCUUAUCCCUGUAAAGUCUUCAAAUAAUGCGGCUUCCAAGAUCCUGAAAACUUUGUCAGACACGAAGAAUGUAGAAGUUAACCCUGCAAAUAUUUUGCCACUCUGUUCUAAUGGUCCUGGUGGAAGCCAAACCAAAAUCACACCUUUAAAAGAUAAUGCUCUGGUCAUGUACAAUGGGAAAAUCUAUUUAUUGACCAAAAGAGGCUCUGAUAUUCUGUCAGCCCAGGCUGACAAACAGGCAUCUUCCUCUUCUGAUGCUUUACUUAAAAAGGAGACACCCAAGCAAAUUGAUUCUGCUGAAGUCAAUAAAAUAACCAGUAAAGUGGUGAAUCUGGUGUUUUCAAAAAGCAAAGGAGUGGUGCUAUCUCAGAAAGACCCAAAACCGCGUACAGUUUCCAAAAGUUCGUCACCAGUUAGCUUAAGAAAUGACUUAAAUUCCACACCUGCAGCUCUGCUAACACCAAGUGCUAAACAGCAGGAUCCCACUGUAAGCCAGAGACAGAGUUUGCCCUCCAUCAAGAGCGUUUCUUGCAGUGAAGUGAUCCCAGUUCCAGCAGUAGGGAUGCAGGAAAGUGUGUGGCAAAAUGGCAAAGAUAUGAGUCAUUCCCCAAGAGCAGCAGGGGCUGUGUUACCUCAGGCUAAGCAGGAAUGUGCUGUCAGUGAAGACUGGCCAAAGAUGCAAUGUGUAAAGAUGGAUUCACCAGGAAAGGUUAUUCAAAUGAAACACCAAGAGCACCCACACUGGAGACAAUACUUGGAAUUAAGGAAAAAAUUUGGUCUAUUUAAGGAGGAGAGAGUUUACCUUACAAGAAUACCAUCAAGGGCCUUCUGUGAGAAUACAGAAGAAAGGGUUUGUUCCAAUGACAACUUGGAAAGGAAAAAUGAGUCUUGCAGUUCAUCCUCAUUGCAUGUGGAAAUAAUGAGUGAUCAUCAGGAAUGUGUUGAAGAAAAGAUAAUUGUGGAUCUGGAAGAGGAUUUGAUUAGGAAAAGGAAAAUAAAAUCCUCACCUUUGUCAGACAGUGGCAAGAGGAGGAGAACUUCAGUCAAAUCAUCCACAAGUCCUAGUUUAGAAAUCACCAGCUCAAGUUUCAGUGCACUUAAAAGGAGUGUUUCACCUGCACCAGCCUCACCACAGCCAAGUGUUCCCACUGGUUUCGUCGGAGUGUCCCAAGAGAGGGACUUGGAGCAGGACACGUUCCCCCAGUACAGUGACAUUACCCACCCAGGGAUUUCACUUUUAGUGACUUCUGAAGAGGAUACUUCCAUUCUGGAAGGUUCUUUCCGAGAUGAUGCUUUCCCUGUGGCUCCCCCAGACCUGGAUGAAACGAUACGGGAUGAAAAAAUCAAGCGACUAAAGCAGACCCUGCGGCAGCGGACCGCGGCGCUGGAGGAAUUCCGGCAACGGGAAAUGCAGCAGAGCUGAGACCCCUGCCCUGGGGAUCCCAGCCUUGUGCAUCACCUCUUCAGUGAUUUCAAGAGGAAAUCCUUUGCUUAAAUGAAUAUUUCUGGUAGAUGGAAUAACUAGAUGAAGUUUAAGUAUGUGUGUAUUUGCAGAACUGUAAGUUUUUGUUAAAUGCCAGAAGUAAGAGACUUGACCAUCAAAUUCUACUUCUAGGACAUGAUCCAAGAGCACAGAUAAAGGGCAUUUUUACCAGCAUAUUCCCCAUAUUUUUAAUUGAGGGGGUUCUGUAUUAGUCUCAGCAAAUAAACUUUCCCCUUUCGAAUUCCAUGGCCUGGCUCUUAGAACCCCAAUGCAAAUUGCAAACUCUAGCUGUAGAUACUUUUUUGUUUGUUUUUCUCAUGUGCAUGAGAACUUCGAUGUAUUCCUGAGAACUGUUAAUUUUCAGAAGAGGUCAACAGUCAGUGGUUAAUAAAUGCUAGUUAAAUAAUCUGGAAAUUAGACUUUAGACAGUAGCAGUGCAGAUAUUUAUAUAAAACCUCUUGCAGAUGUGAAGACAUAGGCAGGAGAAGCCCUGUGACAGUUGCUUGGAUUCAUGGCUCUCUCUGUCAUUAUUGUGAGCCUUUAUAAGGUCAUGACCAGAUGUGCAAUGUGGAAAUUUGGUUGUGGGGUUUUUUUUGAAGAGUGGGAUGUAUUUUUUUUAAACAGAAUUCUGUUAAUAAUAAUUUCUUGAAGCUAAAAGACUUCUUUAUCUGUCAGUGAUAUCUUUAAAAAUCCUCAAUGAGUGUCUUUUAAUAUGUUGUUUAAACAUGUCUCUUGCCACCUUCAGUUAUGGUAUCUUAGUUUGCCUUGUAGGAGGGGAUGUGCCCUCAGACUGUCUUUACAUCCUAAGUUUUGUAGAACUUUUUGUGUAUUUCCCCACCAUGCUCUGUUGUAUGUGUAGGGACACCUUUCCUUGUCUUCUGUUGUCAUGUCUUUGAUCAUUGCAGUUCCUUCUGCAGUUUUUCAGUGUUCUCUCACCAAAUAAUAACUUUUUUGCCAGCAGAGUUUGUUAUUGCUUUGUUCCUGUCUGUUUAUAUUUAUUUUAAACAUCACCACUCCUGGCAGAGCUCUGUUGCAGAUUUGUGUUCACUGAAGGCUUAUUUUUUUACUGUCCUUACUUCUGGUUUUACUCCUAUUUUGUUUAAUUUUAAUCAAAUUUUCAUCUGCAGGGUUUUCAUUUAUUAUCCCACAGAUGUCCAGUUUAUCUAUAGGAUUUUGGUGGAGAUGGAUGCAUCUUGGAGAGCUGAGUUCCAUAUUCCUUACUAAUUUAAGUUUUCACAGUGGGAAAAAUUCCAAUAGUUUGGAGAGGCAAGACAGCUUUUUACAAGGGAAGAAAAAUGAAGUUCCUGCUCUGAAGAAUCACAGAAUCAGAGAAUGGUUUGGGGUGUAAGGGAUCUUAAAGCUCAUCUCAUUCUACCCCCUGCCGUGGGCAGGAACACCUUCCACUAUCCCAUGUUGCUCCAAGCCCUGUCCAACCUGGCCUGCAACACUUCCAGGGAUGGGGAUAGCUUAAGCUAGACCAAGGUGAUGGACCAGAUGCACAGUGAUAAGUGAGGAGGGAAAGUGAAUAAUGGAAAUAAACUCUGCAGUGAUUGAGAUUACUUGAUAGGAGGGAAGCGUGGUGGAACAAGCAAGUCAGGAUGGAAGUGUGGUAUCCAUGGGCUCCCUAUGUAUGGAAUGGGUGUUUUGGGACAGAACUGACUUUGGUCAAUUCCCAGACACCCACCUGCUCCACUCACUCCCUUCCUGCGGUAUGUGGGAAAAUGGAAGAAUGGAAUUGUGGGUGGAGAUAAAACCACUUGCACAAAAAGUAAAAUCAGGAAUUCAGUCACCACAUCCUGUCAGCAGGCAGAAGAUCAGCCAUUUCCGGGGUCUCUGUGUGCACUGUAUUCACUUGGAAGACAAAUACUUUGACCAGAAAUGUCCUUCCAUCCUCCUGCUUUCAUAAAAGCUUUUAUUUGCUGAGCAUGGCCUCCUGUGGUAUGUAAUAUCCCUUUGAUCAGUCUGGGAAGACUGUCCAGGCUGUGUCUCUUCCCAGUUUCUUGUCCAUCCCCAAAUUCCUGUCCAUCCCAAGCCUGCUAGGGGGUGCACAGCAAGAGAAGGAAAACAUCUGGAUGUUGUGGGAACUCUUCUCAAAACACCGGUACGUGAUCAGCAGUCUCCUCAAAACCCCAAACGGCAUGAUGUGGAGCUACUGUGAAGGACGUCGACUCCAUCCCACCUGAAAGGAUGAAAUGGGACUUGGGAAGGAGAUGGAGGCAGCCUUGUGUUAUGUGUCUGGUGCUGCAGUCACCUGGUAGAUACUCUUCCAACACGCUUUGCUCACUUACUGUUCUCUAACAAAUGUCUUUCCUUUAUUUUCCAAUGAUCUCAAAAAUAAUUAAUGAAGCCGAGUUCUCUUAUCGUCUCAUUUCACUUGAGGUUUCCAGCAUUGACAUUCUACAAUGCACCAUCUUUUUAUCCCAGAACCUCUUUUACCCUAACAAAGUAGUCCAUUUGCCUGAGUUUUUUGUAGACACAAUUAAGUACUCAAAGUUUGGAGAAGAAUCCUCACUGCAAAAUUUUGAAGAAACGUGACCAGGAUCUGAUGGAAGAAGGUGUAUGGGCUAUGUCCAGUAUAGUGACGGAAAAUACCUGGUGCAGUUCAGAAACCAAGUAUGGAAGAGAGACAUCUUCCUUGGAACAGCACUAGUGCAAGGUUGCAGGGAUCACUGAGAGCCAAGAGAAGCCUCUUGAUUGCUGAUGGGGGAAAGUUGCACCAAGAGGAGCAAAGGGGCUUCUGACAGCCAAGGACCUUAAGGCUGUUGGAGUUGCUCCUCAUCCUGACUCACCAUCUGCAGCAUGGAUUGGAUUUUGCUGUCCUGUUCAUCCUUGAACUCCUGUGAUUUAUGAAGAGUCUGUGACAAGAGCAAGAGUUCUGGCAAUACUGGCUGUCACCCCAGGAGUGGAGGUGACCGGUGGCCAUCCCUGAGUUCAGCCCAGGCUGGCAGGAAGGUGUUACACACCAGAAUUGCUGUGCUAAGUACUACAAAAUCAAUGGAUUUAGGAUAUGAAUUACAACUUCAAGCAAAUUCCUGGCAAGAAUCAGUGGAAAACCUUUUACGAAUUUCAGAGUCCAAAGAGCAGAAGUGGCAGUGAGUGCUGGACAGAACAGAUUCAGGAAGUGAAGAUGGUGCUGGGUAAGUUGCCAACAUCAGCCAAACCUGGCGCCUUGGAGUCCCUGGCCAGAAUUGUCCCUGUGCCUGUCUCCUGUACUGGAGACCCACCACAGCCCCAGAAUUUCUAUGUGAGGCACAAACCUUGACAGAGGUCUCUCCUAGACAUAGAAUCAUUGUAUCGUUUUGAUUGGAAAAAGCCCUCAAGAUCAUUAAGUCUGACCAUAAACCUGAGGUGGCCAAGCCCAGCACUGAUCCAGAGCUGGGCAAUGCCAGGUGCAGCCCAGGAAGCCACCAGAGGAAGGGGACUGUACUAGGAACACCCAUCAGAUGAAGCUCUGGACAGAAUAGCAGUGUCAUGUUCACAACACAGCAGAGCAUAAUUAAUUCAGGAGGUUCUGGAAUGUAUUGAGGAUAAACUCCUCCAAGUGAGGGAGGAGCCAGCAAGGAAGAAGCAAGAAGCCAGCUGUGCUGGACCUCGUGCUCACCAACAAGGACGACUUGGUAGAGAAUGAGAAGCUCAGGGACAGCCUGGGCUUAGUGAACGUGGAAUGGUGGAUUCAGGAUCCUCAGGGCAACAAGGAGGGCACAGUGAGUCCUGGGAUUCAGGAUGCCUCUUCAGGGAUCUCCUUGGCUGAGUGUCAUGGGAUAAAGGCCUGGAGGGAAGAGGGGCCCAGAAGAGCUUGUUCAUAUUUAAGGAUAACCUCCAAGCUCAGGAGUGACGCAUCUCAAGCAUGAGAAAUUUGGACAAAAACUCCAGGAGGCCUGUGAGGGUGAACAAGGAGCUCUUGGACAAACUCAGAGUGUGGAAGCAAAGACAGGCAGCCGAGGAGGAAUACAGAGGGAUUGUCUGAAGUUAGGUUAGGGAUCAGGUUAGGAAACCUGAAGCCCUGGUAGAGUUAAGUCUGGCCAGGGACAUCAAGGGUAACAGAAAAGCUUCUAUAGGAACAUUGGUGAUAAAAGGAAGACUGGGGAAAAUGUCCUCUCCAAAAGGAAACGGGACACCUGCUUUCCCAGGACAUGGAGAAGUCUGAGGUUCUCAGUGUUUGUGCCCCAGUCUUCACUGGGAAGUGACCCACUCACACCGCCAGAGUUGCAAGGGCAAAGGCAGGGACUGGGAGAAGGAAGAACCCUCCAGAACCUUUAAGGUUGGAAAAGCCCUCCAAGGUCAUUUAGUCAAACCUGUGUCAUCUAGUCCAAUCUGUGACCAAUACCUGCCUUGCUACUCAGCCCAGAGCACUGAAUGCCACGUUUAGGCAUUCCUUCAACACUUCCAGGGAUGGCAAAUGCAUCAUCUCCCUGGGAAGACCCUUCAAUGCCUGACCACCCCUUCCAGGAAGAAAUUCCUCCUGAAGCCAACCUGAGUUUCCUGGUACAACUUGAUGCCAUUUCCUCUUGUCCUGUCCCUGUUCCCUGGGAGCAGAGCCUGACCCCCCCGGCUGCCUCCUCCUGUCAGGGAGUUGUGGAGAGCCAGCAGGUCUCCCCUGAGUCUUCUUUUCUCUAGGCUGAGCCUCCCAGCUCUCUCAUCCAUUCCUAAGAGGACUUAUGCUCCAUACUCUUCACCAGCUCUGUUCCUUUCUCUGGGCUUGAGAAGAUAAAGUAUCUUCUACUGGAGUAUCUUAAAUACUCCAGUAAAGGAGUAUUUAAGGAAUAUGAAGGUGUACAGGUCUGUGAAACCUGAUGAGAUACAUCUAUGGAUCCUGGUAGAACUGGCAGAGGAAGUUCCUAAGCCACUCUGUAUCACAUUUGAAAAGUUGUGGCAGUUCAGUGAAGUUCCACUGACUGGAAAAUGGAAAAUUUGACCCCAUUUUUCAAAAGAGAAAUAAGGCAGAUGCAGUACGCUAUAGGCCAAUCAGUCACACUGGUGUCCGGCAAGAUCAUGGAGAAGAUCAUUCUGGAAACUAUGCUAAGGCACACAGAAAAUAAAAGGUGAUUGGUGACUACCAGUAUGGCUUCUCUGAAGACAAAUUGUGCCUGACAAAUUUGGUGACCUUGUAUGACAAGGUGACAGUGCUGAUAGGUGAGGGCAGAGCGACUGAUAUCAUCUACCUGGACUGUGCAAAGCAUUUGACACUGUCCUGCAGGACAGCCUUGUCUCAAAACUGGAGAGACAUGGAUUUGAUGGGUGGAACACCCACUGGAUAAGGAAUUGGCUGGAUGGUGGCACUCAAAGGAUUGUGGUCUGCAGCUGUAGACAAGUAUGUCUGAGUGGAGACCAGUGACAAGUGGUGCCCCAAGGGUCAGUUGGGACCAGUGCUGUCUUUGUCAGUGACAUGGGCAAGUGGAAUUGAAGCAUCCUCAGCAUGGUGCUGACAGUGAGAUGUUUGGUCAUGUCACACACGAGGAAAGGGACAGGGCAUCCAGAGGGACCUGGAUGGGCUGGAGAGGUGAGAUCGUGUGAACCUCAUGAAGUUCAGCAAGGCCAAGGACAAGAUCCUGCCUCUGGAUUGGGGUGACCCCCAGCACAACUCCAGGCUGGGGGAUAAAUGGAGCAGCCCUGAAGAGAAGGAUCUGGGGGUGUUGGUGGAUGAGAAGCUCAACAGGAGUGACUCCAUCAGUGAUGAGGGAAAGCUGACAGAUGCCAUUUAUCUAGACUUCUGUAACCAUUUGACAUGGUUCUCCCCCAGUAUCCUUCUCUACAUUGGAGAGAUGGAUUUAAUGGGUGGAUUGUCAGGUGGAUAAGGAAUUGGUUGUAUGGCCACAUCCAGGCAGUUGUGGUAAAAGGCUCAGAGUCCCUGUGAACAUUAAUGACAGUGGUGUCCUUCAUGGAUCUGUACUGGGACCAGCAUUAUGUAAUAUCUUCAUUAAUGACAUGGAAGGAUCUAGGGCACCCUGAGCAGGUUUGUAGGUGACACUGAACGGAGGGGCCCCUGAGGGAGAGGGUCAUUGAGAGGGACCUGGACAAGCUCAGAAGUGGCCCAUGGGAAACUCAAGUUUAAUAAGGCCAAGUUCCAGGUGCUGCAGCUGGGUCAGGGUGACCCUGGGAUGGAUCCAGGCUGGGGGUGAGCAGAUGGAGCAGGCCUGGGAGAAUGACCUGGGGGUGUCGGUGGGUGAGACCUGAAUAUGCCUUAGCCCAGAAACCCCCCAAGCCCUCGGCUGAUCCCCCAGUGUGGGCAGCAGGGGAGGGGGAUUCUGCCCCUAUGCCUCACUCAGGUGAUACCCCACCUGCAGAGCUGCCUCCAGCCCUGGGACCCAACAGCAGCAGAAGGACCUGGAGCUGCUGGAGCAAGUGUAGAGGAGGCCAUGGAGAUGCUCAGACACCUGGAGUCCCUCUGCUCUGGAGCCAGGCUGGGAGAGCUGGGAAUGUUUAGCCUGGAGAGAGACACUCCAGGGGAAGAGAAGGUUCCAGGGAAACCUCAGAGCCCCUUCCAGUGCCUAAAGGGGCUCCGGGAAAGCUGGAGAGGGACUUUGGACAAGGCAUGGCAUGACAGGACAAGGGAAAUGGCUUUUCACUGCUAGAGGGCAGGGUUAGAUAGGAUACUGGGAAGGAAUUGUUCCCUGUGAGGGUGGACAGGCCCUGGCCCAGGCUGCCCAGAGAAGCUGUGGCUGCUCCAUCACUGGAAGUGUCCAUGGUCAGGUUGGACGGGGCUUGGAGCAACCUGGGAUAGUGGAAGGUGCCCUGCUCAUGACACAGUGGUGGAAUGAGAUGAUCUUUAAUGUCCCUUCCAUCCCAAGCCAUCUUGGGAUUUUAUUAAUCGAGAUCUGAGGACUGUGCACAGAAUAAAUCCUGGGGCAGAGCUGAGCCAGGGCCACCCAUAGCAGCCCAGGCCAGGGCUGGAUGCUCAGGCUUGGGCUGAUGUGGAGCUCAUGGGCCAAGAGUGUGUGAGGAGGUCCCAGGGGCCUGGUCAGGGCAAUUCAGGUGUAUUAAUGGACCCUAUCAGCCUGUUCAGUGCUUGGCUGGUCAGGCAUUGGAAGGGGCUGUCCAAGGAGCUGGUGGAGGCACCAUCCCUGGAGUUCUUUAAAGGUUGUCUGGAUCUCGCUGGGUGAUGUGAUUUAGGUGUUAUGGGGCUACAGUGGCAGUAUGGGAUGGACUUGGAUGGAUGAUCUUGAAGGUCUCUUUCAGCCAUGAUGAUUCUAUGGGAGGUGGGACCCAACCUAGACCCUGGAUCAUGACUGUGCUGGUAGGACUGCAGCAAAGGGGAAAAAGGCAGGGAUUCACUGGGGGGUGUAACUGGAGCAGCUGGGAGUAGGGAACUGCUCCUCAUUGCUGCUCAUCUGUCUCUUGACAAAGGGUGAGACAGCAGGAAAAGGGUUUUCCUGGCAUUGAAGAGGUUGUUAAACCGAGAAGAGUUGGACGCUCUGAGGCUGAAUUUCCAUGGAUCUGCAGCUGAGCAGGAAUUCCAGCACGUGGUGCUGGGCUGAUAGGGGAGCAGUGAGGGAGAUUUGCGGGGUUUAACUGUAAACCCAGGAAUGUACUGCUUUGGGCAGUAAAUUCAUAAUCUUUGAGGUUGAAAAAGCCCUCUGAGGUCAUGGAAUGAAAUUUUCCCCACCACUGCCAAGGCCACCUAUAGCAGUUCGUUUUGGGGGGGGCACUCCGGGCAGUCCCCGGAGGGCCCCCUUUCAAAACGAACUACUAUAAACGGUGACUAAUGUUCGGCAAGAGCACCGACAGCCCCGAGACGACCCCCGAGACCGUGCCAGUAUGAUAAAUUGAGACACGCCUUAUUGGUAUAAUCAAAUAAGAAUUUAUUGAUUACAGCAAAUAAAGCAUAAGCAAAGCAGCACUGGGCGAUGGGGGAGUUUGUUCUCCGCCAACUGCCACAGCCACAGUCAGUUCCAGUCGGUUUUUAUACUGUAUCGUUUCCUGUCCACGUGUCCUUUAAGUCGUACUCUGCGUAUGUGUUCUUCUGUUGCUAGGUGGUCAUAUCCUGCCUCCCGGUGGUCUCUAGGUGAAGGCCGGUAGUUUUUUUUUUCUCAGAUUUCCUCUGGGUGACCCAUUCCUUAUUUAGUACCAAUGCUUAUCUCUCUGAAACUUAAAAGUUGUUAGGCAAGCAUAUUUUGGACAAUGUGGGUUUUAUCAAGUGCUGAAAGUCUGUUUCCCAUUAUCUUACUUUAGUCCCAGGUUUUAUCAAGAGCUGGAAGUCUGUUUCUUGUUAUUUUACUUUAGUCCCAGGUUUUCUCAAGUGCUAGAAGUCUGUUUCCUGUUAUCUUACUUUAAUCCCUUAGUGAACAAAACACGCCGUGUUCUAUCACACCUCCACGACUGGUGAUUCUUUCACUGUCAUAGGCAGCUGUGCCAGGGCUGGACAACCCUUUUGGGGAAGAAAUUUUUCCUAUUGUCCAACCAAAACCUCAGUCUGCCCCGGCUGGCUCAUCUCCAGCUCAUCAGUGACAUUAAGUUACAGAGAAAUUCCUGCUCUCUGGGGCAGGAGUUGCUUCUGGGAUGUCUGUUGUCAGGAUCAACCUCUGCAUGUUUCACAGGGAUCCAUGGAGAAAGCAGUGAAGGGGAGGUGAGGAAAGCCCUGUGAGCAGGCAGAUGUCUUCUAGAGCCUCCUUGAGAGCUACAUGAAUGCAUCAAUUGGGAUUUUUUCUUCUCCCAUCCUCUUACAUAAAGAGCUCUCUCCUUCCUCCACAGGGAUCCCAUCACUGUUGGCACCAUCUCUUGCUUAAACCAUUUGUCUAAUGGGCCUUGGGGGAAGCAAAGGAUUCUCUCAGCUGAAACAUCACAUUUUCUACAUUGGAGCAGUUAAUCACGAACUGGGCUUUACCUAUGCCCUGCUUAGGAAGUAUGUGGCCAAGUGUGCAGCUCUCCAGGGUGGCUGGGAUCCCUAAGGAUUCAUCCGCAGGUAAAAUACAAUACUUGAGAAACCUUCCUAGGCCAUCGAGCCCAGGGUUCUCUGUGACUCCAUGUAAAUCACAUCCACCUGUCCUCUCACCCCACUGCCCUCAGUAGUACAGCAUCUUCUGGCCCCAAAUGUUGUUUCCACUCUGUGAAUUGUCUGAACUCUGGCUGAACCAGGCUGGAGGUGCGGUAACAGGGAUGGAGACAUCCCAUUUAAAUCUGGAAGAAAGAAGCUACUCAGGGGAAGUUGGGGUUUCCAGGAGGCCUCCAGCUUAGAUUAAUUUCUCUCCAGGUGCUUUGUCUGCCCCUCCAGGAAGGGAAGAUGCAAAAGUAAGGAAUUCUGGUGUGGGAGGAAAUGUGCUGGAGCUCAUGUAUAAGCCUUGAACUUGGUAACUUGGGAAGGGAACUGAGCUAUCCCUGCCAAGCAGGGCUCAGAGGCAGCUGUGAAGGUACUUGGUAGGUUUGUGCACAAUCAAAUAUCCCCUCAAUCUGCUGUACCUUGGUAGAAUUUGAGAUACUUGUUUUUAAGUAUCUUCUGGCUUGGCCUGGGCAUGAGCGUGGGAGGUUGUCCCUAUGGAUUGACCCUGGAAGCUGCUGGUGUGUCUGGCACUUAGAGGCUCCAGCUCAGCCUCUGGAGCACACAGACACUCCACAGGGUUGGGAUAAGGGCUGUCAGCACUCUGGGAGCUGCUGGAAGCAGCUGGAGGAAGGAGCAGCUGGCUUAGGUUGGAGGCUCUCAGGGAACACCAGGGAUGUUGAGAACAUGAGGACAGGGGUCGCACUCUGUGGUGUUUAAGGGACAGCUCUUGGCUUGGGAGGGAACGGGACAUGGGCUGCCUUGGCCAACUUCCACCUGUGUAACAGGGACACUUGGCAUGAGAAUUCCUGGGUCAACCUGCCUGUCAGCUCCAACAACUGGAGGUUGGACAGGGCCUGGAACAAACUGGUCUAGUGGAAGGUGUCCUUGUGCAUGGCAGGGAAUGGAAUGGGAUGGGCUUUAAGGUCCUUUCUGAGCCAAACCCUUCUGGGAUUCCGUGGCUGUGUGGUUCCUGCUGCUCUCUGUCACUCCUGUCCAGAGCCAACACAGCAGGAGGGAGCUGCUCAGCUGCCUCUUGACCUCCAGAGCAGGCUGUGGUGUGAAGAGGUUUUUCCCUAUGGGCUGCUCAAAGGAUGGGGUGGCUUUGGGGUCCAUCCCAUCUGGCCCAAACUACAGGGCAUGGAUCAGCCCCCUGGGCCCAAGGGGAGCAGAGGUGAGGCUGGAGGCUCUGCCAUCCAAAAGGAUUUAGCCUGAGGAGACUGGAGAGAGGAAGGUGAAGGUCAAACUGGGUGUGGAGGAAGAGACAAAGAGACACAACUCAUUAAUAACCUUCAUUUAAUCCUUCAUGACACUGGGAAAUGUAGAAAUGUCACAGACUCAUUCACAGUACUGGUAACAUUUGCAAAGCUGUGCAAAGCCCUUGAUGUCAAGUACAAGAUUUGACAUGACAAUAACUUCAUACUUUUUUUUAUAUAAAAUAAAUGUGUAGAAAUAACAGCUGUUAUUGCUAUUGAAUUCCUGAGUUCUCUCCAUCCAUCAGAUGCUCCCUGCUAUGAGCAGUGCCUGCUCCUCUGCCCUGAAGCUCCCUGGGCUCUCGUGCAGGGUCUGGCCCUGCAGGCUGACCACGGCUCGCAGGGAGAUUUUCUGUGGAGGGAAAGCAAAGGAGGUCCCUGUGAGUGGCUCCCUCACUGCCUUGGCACUGGCAAGUUCAGUGACCAGAGGAAACACCAAAGAUUUUUGUAAACACCAAGAGAUCAGCUCAGAACCAUGCCUGGCUCCUAGCUGUGGGCUCCAUCAUUUGCCUUGUCCUGGAGGAAAAGGCCCCUAUGGCUGUAACAGGUCUGGAAGUGAAGUCAGUCAGGGCCAGUCGAGGCUAGUUAAAGCCAGCCUGAUGCUGGAGCUGUGGUAACACAGCAGGGACAGACUCUGUGGGGGUCACUUAGAGCUGCUCAUGAGUCUCCAGCCCUGGUGACUGAUCCAUGCCAGGUUAAUGGUUGGACUCCAUUACCUUAAAGGUCUUCUCCAACCAAAAUGAUUCCAUGAUCCCAUAAAACCUAAGGCUGCCCUGCAGCACCCACUGGGCUAUUCAGAAACAGAGAAUGUUAACUUCAUCUUACCUGGAAGUCACGGAUGUAGGUGAGGAAGAAGCUGAGGAAGGAGAAUGCCAGUGACCACUCAGAGACGGUGCUGAUGAUGUGGGGGGUGUAGCCCUGUGUUACAGAGGAGAAAAAAUCCAUGUGAAAACUGCUCUGGAACCUGCAGUGGCACAAGAAUUGCUUGUGACUUGUGACAUCCCAUGUGAGAUCCUGCAUCCAGAACUAUUCCCACUGGAGACCAAAAUCCCUUAUUGUAUCUGGAAUCUCCAAGAAUGAAGUGCUGAAGAAUGAGAAUGAUCAGGAAAACACCUGCUCCAACUUGGAUGAUGCCUACUCGGAAUUUAAUACACACCUGCAAAACCUGAAAGUUCAAUCCAGAGCUCAACUAACAAAGAGCAGGAAGGUUCAAGGCCCUCCUCAAGAUGAAGAAGGAAUUAAUUUAGAGUUACACUUGAAGAUCCAACAGUUUUGUGCAAUUAGAACUUCAACAAAUACUGGCACAGGUUGCCCAGAGCAGCUGUGGCUGCCCUAUCCCUGGAAGUCCAAGGCCAGGUUGCACAGGGCUUGGAGCAAUCUGGGCUAGUGGGAGGUGUCCCCACCCAUGGCAGAGGGUGGAACUGGAUGGGCUUUAAGGUCCCUCCCAACCCACCCCAGUCUGGGAUUCCAUAAUUCCAAGGAGCUGCUGGCUGGUUCAGCUGGCACAGCUCUCUCCUCUCUCACCCCAGGCUGUGUCAUGAACUGCAGGAAGUUCUCACCUGUCCCUCCAAAUCCAGCUGGAUUUGGACUCCAUUUCCCACCCAAUCACUUACUCUUUCCUGGGGGUCCCAGUGCAGCUUCUGCACCAGGUUCUGUCCAUACAAGCCACUGUACAACACAACUGAGGACACAAACACUGAGGGAGGAGGUUAAGGAACAUUCAAGGCCAAGAAUGAGGAACAUGGAACUUGCAGACUGUGUUGAGCUGAGGCUAUGUGAUCUCAUAUCUGAUCUCAGCCUGAGGAGCAGUAAUGGUGCCAUGGACAGUUCACAUUGUGCCCUUCAACCCGUAGCUUGUCCCAGCCCCCUGGUUAUUGUCAUGUGAAAAGGUUAAUUUCAACCUAAACCCAUUAUUUCUGUUCUCUGAGUGCUGCCUCUCAUUAUUCCUCUGAUCAAAGGCAGUACUCUCAUGCUGGAAUACAGAACGGGGCACACUACAGGGUGUACAAUCAAGGAUGACAGGCUUCUUGUGGCACAUGGUGGUGGUUCGGUUCAAGUAGGUGUAAAUCCUGUGGAGACUACUGGGUUUUGGUGCCACUGCCCAAGCAAAGGAUACUGCUCAAGAUGCUGGAACAGCUCCACAGGAGAACGGCCAGGCGGGCCCAGAAGAUGUCUUUGCUGUGAAGUUCUGGCUGCAUCAGGUAGGACAGGAUGGUCUGAACCAGCAUGUAAAUGGACCCCACCCCGAAGGUCAGGCAGGCUCCCAGCACAUGGAUGUAGUACAGGACGCAUUUCUAGGGAAAGAAAGUGCUGCCUGUGAAAACCUGGUUUCAUUUUCUUAUGUAAACCUCUGGCAUCCACCCCUCAGCAACCUCCCAUUCUGCGCUAAGCAGUUCUGGACUGUGCCAGUCCACAGGAGACUUUUUUUGGAAGCAGCAUUGGAAGAUGUCUGGAAGCCACAACCUGCCAGCCUCUGGAAUUUCUGCUUUUGUUAAGUUCUUGUGGUGAAGUUACAGGUCACAGCUGUAUCUUCAGUACAGGAAUUUGUGAGAGCUCUUUUCAUAAAUGACAGUAUCAGAGGAAUGGGGUGAAAGAAUCCCUGCAGGUGGGCAGGGAGUGGGAGUGACAACAUUUCUACCCCAGGAACCUGUGCGUCUAUGUAUCUGUGAAAGAUUAUGUAAUACAGGACAGACACAACACUAUUCUAGCACCCAAUUUUGGAUUAAGAAUAAUGAGGUUUUGCAUUUCUCUGAAUGAACUCUGGUUUGAAUAAAGAUUGUUUGUCAAAUUAGUGUCUUGGAAUUCUCUGAGGGAACAAGCAGCAAUACUUAAAAAACACCACCAAGAGAACCAAGUGUCAAAUAAAAAAAAACAAACCUAAAACCAGAAGAUAUUAAAAAAAAUCCAAUCCAACUAAAAAUUUGUUAUUAAAAUAUAUGUGUGUGAAAACCCAAGUGUGUUCACCCCUUUACUCUCAUCACCAGCUUCGCAUAUGAGCCAGAGACAGGGAACAAAAAGUGUCAUCUGACCUGCUGCACAAGGCAAGGCCUGGCAGCCUCCUGCACUCCAAUCAUGCAGAUGUUUCCUGCCCUACAACAUGAGGUUCUGUGUGUAUCUUACUGAGUAACUCUUAAGAUCAAGCUUUUCCUUGUGCACUUUCUGUGCGCAAAUGAAUUUUAAGUGCUGCAUCUACAGUGAGAAUUUAUAUGUAAGAAAUAAUCAGGUUGCAAAGGUGUGUGCUCCAAAAACAUGUACUGUGCAGGGAGGUGUCAGCAGAGAGAAAUUCUCUAUUUUCACACUUCAGGGUCUUCAAUCACCAGUGGAUUUCAGGGAAAUAUGCAAGUGCAUUACCUCCAACUUUUUUUUGCUCAAGAUUAAACAAUGCACGAACUGUUACCAAAUUAACAUGUGCCUCUUGGAUUUUGACUGUUGUGAAAUACAAAUAAAGUAGAAAAACCCUUUAUUGAUGGCAGUGGAGGGAAAUCAUGGAGUUGAGCAGAGUCUGGAGGAUUCUUCUUGGUGGAUGUGGAAUGGGAGGCUGGGACCUCUGAGGGCUCUAGAAAACAAUAAAUAGAGACCUCCAGAAGAAAAAAAAUGCCUAGAAUGAGAGUGCUGAGGUUUCUAAGACAGGGGGUGCUGCAGCACUUGAGGAGCUGGGCUAGGGAAAGGUGGAGGUUCCCAAGAGCUUUUCCUCUUUCGUUUUCCCUGUCCCUAAUCCAGCAGGAGCCCGAGGUGACACUGCAGCCUGUGGUGGCUACAGGCACCACAACAGAGCCCCAGAAUCCAUCAGGUAAUUAAUGUGAUAAGGCUGGCAAUUAUACAAUCACCUGGCAAAUGAAGCCAACAAUGGGGAGCUGCUCAUGGUGUGAUAGGUGAGAAUAUCAGAUGUGGUUUUUUUGGAGUGGAAAGUAUUGAGGAGAAAAAAAAAAUAGAGACCUGGGAUGGAGAAAAUCAGAAGAAUUAAUAUUGCAGAAUUUUCAAGAAUUAAAAGGUGUGAAGGAGAACCUACCCAAGAGGGCAGGUUUUCCAGAGCUGGGCUUGUGGGUUUGGAUGUUUUGUUUGCUUUACUUCUAGUCACCACAAGUUUUUGAUACCUUUUAUACUAUUUGAUACCUGAUUCUCCUGAGCCACAGCUGUGGGCUUUCAAUCUGGAUCUCAGGCUUUCAGCCUGCCUGGAAGGAGAUCCAAGUGUGGCUUCUGCAAUGCUUGGUGGUUAUGAACAUUUUGAAAUGUCAUGAACAGCUGCUCACAAGUCCCAAAGCAAAUAAGGAAUAACUAACAAAUUAAAAGUCAAACCUUACAUUUUUUAACUGUUCUCUGUAGAGAAUGUCACAAAAAAGCAGUUUGCCAUGGAAAAUUGCUUUCUGUAAAUCUGCCAUUUAUCAGGUAUGACAUCAGAUAUCUCAGAACAGACACAGCUCUGGCAGGGACAGAGCAGUGCAGGUGGUGCACAAACCUGGAAAUUUGCAAUAAUGCAGAGUCCAAAGCAGCUCAUCCAUCCCAGCGUGAGGCCCAGCUUAUUCAGCCUCAGGAUCUUGGGUUUUUCUGGGCUCAGGGCAGACACUUGCUUGUACCGGACGUACAUGGUGGCCAUCCCUGCCAAAGACAGCCACAGGCAGUGAGAUUCCUGCUGGGGAGCAGUGUCCUUGUUUACCUGGGAAGAUGCUGAGUGCCAGAGGAAACUUUUAAAAUACAAGAAUUUUUUAGGGCGCAGUGAAAUAGGAAAGCUGUAAGGCUGGAAUGAAAAUUGAAAUACUAUAAUGGCAAACAAGUUAAAUUAAUAGAUUUUUCUGAGCUAUUUAAUUUAAAAGCCAUAUUAGGUUGUUUUCCUUCCUUCCAUUGUUAUAGCACAGGUAAGGUGACUGCCUUGAAUUUAGAUUUUUAUUGCUUGUACUUUUCUGUUUGUUUUUUUGAAUGCAUUUUUUGUCCUUCUGGUAUCUGCAAUUGCCAUAUUGGCAAUUCGUGGAUAACAUCCCUGACACACACUUUGAAUUGUUUAAGAAAAGUGAGAUUUAUCGCUCAGUAUUUUGUUUUUGAGUAAGAAUUCUGGGCUGUUUAAUGAUCUGGAGAAGGAAAUGAACUUUUUUAAAGCUGUUGCAUUCCAGAACUGCCUGCAGCUCACCAAGGACAGUUUUCUGUACUCACCCAAGAAGGUUGAAACAUUUAACAUGAUCCCAAAUAAGCAUCUUUCAGGUGGUAUUGUCCCUGUGUCACUGGAAAAGAUAAAUGGAGUGAUACAUAUCCUAUAUUAUUUAUAUUAAAAAUACUUCCAACACAACUUUACUUAUUUCAGUCUACAAAGGACAUGUAAAAAAGUGUCUCCCAGAUGAUUUUCACUGAAUUUUUCACUACUCAAACUAUGCUGUGCAGGUUUUAGAGCUGUACAAAUCACCAUGGUAAAGACAAGCUCGCCUUGGAGCAGGGAAUGACCAUGCUCAGUGUAACUGUUACUUUCAUAUUGAUCUUGAUGCCAUAAAAGGUGAAUAAAAAGGAUUAAAACUGAAAAAAUUAAGAACAUGGAACACUGAAAGAGCAAAGCUGUUAUAUAUAUCAGCCUUGACAGAAUAAAGUUGGCAAUGUAGAUUUUAGUACGGAUUUUCUGGUGCAACAAACCCGGCAGCAAGUGGCUUCACUCUGAGCAGGGAUGUGGUGAGGCACCCCCAGUUUAUCAUCAUUUUAAGGGUAUGUUCACAGAGCCAAAGCUUAAAGUUUUGCACAAAACCAGACACCUUUUAAUAGGGUAACACACAAAUCCCAGAAUGGGUUAGGUUGGGAAGGACCUUCAAGCUCAUCUCAACUAUCUCAUUCCAACCAGGGACACCUUCCACUAUCCCAGGUUGCUCCAAGCCCUGUCCAACCUGACCUUGGACACUUCCAGACACGAGGCAGCAACAGUAUCUCUGGGCAACUCAUACCAGGAUUCACCACCCUCACAGGGAAGGAAUUUCUUCCUAACAUUUAACCUGAAUUUCCCCUCUAUCAGUUUAAUAUCACCUAUAACUAUAUUAAAUGACUAUAAAGAGUAAUUUUAGAACAGGAGCUGUUGGGUAAGAACUGCUAUUUAAGUCUGGAGUUGGUAAGAAUUCACAGGUGUGGGGUCAUUUCAGUGCUCUGACACAGGGUGGACAUCACUGACCUGAUGUAGGGCACCAAAGGGUCAACGUGGUGCAGGACAAUUGCAGUAAUGUAGGAAAACACAAACGAUGCUGCUGACCACACAACCAGUGCCACUGGCAGGAAUGAGAGGCCUUGCUGGAACCACCACAUUUCAGGGCUGACUUCUGCCUCCA